UGUUUUCGCUGUGGGGUUUGAGUUGGCAAUAGUGCCAACAGCAAGAUGAAGGAGCAAUUUAGAGAGACAGAUGUGGCGAAAAAGAUAAGCCACAUCUGUUUUGGCGUGAAGUCUGCAGAGCAGAUGCGGCAGCAAGCACACAUCCAAAUUGUAAGCAAGAGUCUUUACGGCCAGGAUAACAACCAUACACCCCUUGCAUUUGGAGUCUUGGACCAUCGCAUGGGAACCAGUGAAAAAGAUCGCAACUGCCAGACAUGUGGAAAGAACUUGGCAGAAUGUCUUGGUCAUUAUGGCUACCUAGACCUUGAGCUACCAUGUUUCCAUGUGGGAUAUUUCAAGGCUGUAAUUGGUAUUUUACAGAUGAUUUGUAAGACUUGUUCCCGCAUAUUGCUGACUGCUGAAGAAAGGAAGCAGUUUCUAGAUUUCCUGAAGAGGCCUGGGCUUGCAUACCUUCAGAAAAGAGGUCUGAAAAAGAAAAUAUCUGACAAAUGCCGCAAGAAAACAAUUUGUCUUUAUUGCGGGGCCUAUAAUGGACCCGUAAAGAAGUGUGGCUUACUAAAAAUAUUUCAUGAGAAGUACAAAACCACUAAAAAGGUAGUGGACCCUAUGGUGUCUCAUUUUUUGCAGUCAUUUGACACUGCCAUAGAACACAACAAGGAAGUAGAGUCUUUACUCGGACGAGCGCAGGAGAAUUUGAACCCAUUAGUUGUAUUGAAUCUAUUGAGGCGUAUCCCAGCUGAGGACAUUCCUUUACUGCUUAUGAACCCAGAGGCUGGAAAACCUAGUGACCUUAUCCUGACCCGCCUGCUUGUCCCCCCACUUUGCAUACGCCCCUCUGUUGUGAGCGACCUUAAAUCUGGCACCAAUGAGGAUGACCUAACUAUGAAACUAACGGAGAUCAUCUUUUUAAAUGAUGUUAUAAAGAAGCACAGAAUUACAGGUGCAAAAACACAGAUGAUUAUGGAAGACUGGGAUUUUCUGCAGUUGCAGUGUGCUUUAUACAUUAACAGUGAACUUUCUGGAAUUCCCAUGAAUAUGGCCCCAAAGAAAUGGACUCGUGGUUUUGUCCAGAGGCUUAAGGGAAAGCAAGGUCGCUUUAGAGGUAACCUAUCCGGAAAAAGAGUAGAUUUCUCUGGCCGAACUGUAAUUUCUCCAGAUCCCAAUCUGCGCAUUGAUGAGGUUGCUGUUCCAGUACAUGUUGCCAAAAUACUGACUUUUCCAGAAAAGGUUAACCAGGCAAAUAUGCAGCUCAUGAGGAAAUUGGUACAGAAUGGACCUGAAAUUCAUCCAGGUGCCAACUUCAUUCAACAGAGACAUACACAGAUGAAAAGAUUUCUUAAAUAUGGCAACCGUGAGAAGAUUGCACAGGAACUGAGGUUUGGAGACAUUGUGGAGAGACAUCUUAUAGAUGGAGAUAUAGUACUGUUUAACAGACAGCCAUCCCUACACAAGCUCAGCAUCAUGGCCCAUAUACUUAAGGAUGGCUUGUUUCACCUGUAUGGAGAGCUCCUUUGACUGAAUGUUGUCUGUUCACAGCAAAAUCGUCCACAUCCAUGCACCCCCCCCCUCAAAUUAACUCCAGGGCUUUUAUCUGCUUCAUUGAUAAUGACAUAACGAGGAAAUUGCCCACACCUGCCCAUGACCUUUGAGUCCAAUUUUUUUGAGCCCCUGAAAUUAAGUCAUUGUGUUAAAGGCUUUAGUUCCUCGCAUUUUUAUGCAAUCUUUUUGUUCAACCCAUUGAAUUAAAGCUGAAAGUCUGAAGUUCAACUGCAUCUGAGUUUUAUUUAUAAUUUAUUGUGGUAAUGUACAGAACCAAAAUUAGAAAAAAGUUGUCUGUCCGAAGAUUCAUGGGCCUAAUUGUAGGUUAGACCACAAAACAACAAUAUCAAAUGAGGGGAAACUUAAAAUCAGGGAUGCAACAUUGAGGUCACUGUACAUCUUAAACCCCCAGUUUACAUUUUAAGGGGACCAGACAAAUGAAAAUCUUUAUGAAUCAUUGCUUCCUUUCUUUAUGAUAAGACCAAUUGAAUUGAAUAUCCUGCACGAAGGAGAGCUACAGUGACUUGCUGUGAUAAAACAGCAACUUUAAACAGCUGUCACAGUGCAUGUCUUGCUCCUGUAACAUUGUGGCUGCCGGCUGCUAUAUAGUUCUUUGUAUCUAGGUUCUCUUGUAUAUAAUGUACCUGAGGUGAUAGUACUCACUGUUUAAUAUUCUUCAGGUGUCUGUACUCCCUUCCUCUCUCUAGAUAAUUUGUUUGGGGUGCCAGUGUUCACUCACUGUAUAUAAUGCUUUUGAGGUGUUGCUAUCCACUGCUUCUUACUUGGGUUGUCGGUACCCAUGGUCUCUUAUUUGCUAGGGUGGGUCAGUAUCCAUUUCCUAUCGCUGUAUAAUAUGUUUGGUACUGCUCUCACUAUAGUGUCUUUAGGAUGCUAGUGCCCACUACUGCUCACUGUGAUGUGCUUUUCUUGGUAUAAUCUGUUUGAAGUGCCAGAUUGCUGUCCAUUGUAUAGUAAUCUUGGUGGUGCAGGUCCUACUAUUCUUAUUAAAUAACAUGAGUACAAUGCCAUUAGACAUAUCUUUCACAGUAUAAUUUGCCUCAGAUAUCAUUGACGUUAUACACCAGUUUUUUGUCUUGUAAUGACUUUUAGCAAAACUUACGUUUUUAGUUCUCGACAACAUACCGUAUAUCAAUAUUAUACAGCAUUUGCGUGCGGCCAUUCAAAAAAAUUCUUGCCCCUUUGAGCAAAAGUCAGAAAACUGUAACUCUAUCUCUGUAUCAAAGUAACUAAAAUUAAUUUAAGCUAAUUUACCUCUCAAAUUGCAAAUUUCAUUUAUGAUAAUUAAUAUAUACAUUUGCCUUUGUAAGGUAUCACCCUGAGUAUUGAUUGCUUUUUUGAGCCCCAAUUCCUAAAAAAGGAUAUUAAUGAGCUUGGAUGACUGCAGAAAAGUUAGGAAAGACUGUCAAUGUUAAGCUGUUUCCCUGAAGUGUAAUGCAGUACGUGUUUUCUUGAAAAACAAAUGUAAAUUAGCAGUGUCUAUUAAUUCUUUUAUACAUAGAAAAAAUGGCUAUGGGUUGUGUACCACUUUGCUUUGUCACUGUAUAUUUAAUAUAAGCUGUUUGACGUGUGUACAUUUUCUAUCAUGUUACUUUACUCUGUCCUUAUUGUUCCUUUAACAAGCCUUAAUUCGUAACAUGUUUUUGUAUGCAUUUUUUUAAAUAAAAACCUGAAUUAAUAAAAA